AUGCGGUCCACCUUCCUCCCACCAACCCUCCUGCUGCUCGCCGCCACAACCACAACCAACGCCUUCCUCCUCCCAGACUUCCAACCCUUCCUCUCCGCCCUCCCCAUAACCCUACAAGACUACCUCCCCUUCUCCCUCAUCGACACAAACGCAACCUACCAAGACGACCUCCGCAAGCGCCAACAAACCAGCAACGCCUGCCCCACACUGUUCAAGUCCUGCGCCAACCUCGGCGCGCCCCAACUCUGCUGCGCCUCCGGCGCCGUCUGCUCGGCCGACUUCGCCGGGCACGUCGCCUGCUGUCCCUCCGGCGCCGCGUGCUCGGGCACGAUCUCCGGCGUGAUUACCGCGGGGACGGUGGCGAGUGACGGGAGUUUGAUUGGAGGAGCGGCGGCGACGACGGGAGGCCUGGCGAGUGCGAGUACCACAACGCCGUUUCAGACGGCGGCUACCACGACGGGGACGAGCACGGGUGGGAAUGGACUUGUGAUUGCGACGACGGGGAGUACGGUGGGGACGACGGCGGGCACGACGGGUGGAGGGUUUAUAUUGGCGGGUUCGAGUACGGUUGCGACGCCUGGGAGUGGAGUUAGAAGGGCGGAGGUGCCGGUUGUGGUGAAGGUGAUGCUGAGGGCGCUGGAGUAUCUGCCUAUAUGA